ACCCGACGCAUCGCGUCACCGCCGCCAUUAUAGAUUCCGUUGUGAGUGACUGAGUUGUUCCCCUCGAAAGAAUUUCAUCGAUUUCACUGGUAAAGACGGACAUAAUCCACCGAUAUUAACCGAAAAUAAAAACAAUUGAGGGAGUUAACAAAGAUAUUGAGAUGAAAACGUACAGUAGAAAGAAGGGUGACAGCCCUAGCAACGUUAUUAUUCACGUUAACGAGUUAUGCCGACUGUGUCUGGCCAAAGAGGAAGAGAUGGUGCCGAUUUAUGAUGACGAGGCCGUACCACUGCCCCUGAGAAUCAUGGCAUGUGUUAACCUGGAGGUCUACGAAGAGGAUGGUCUUCCCAAUAUGAUCUGCCACCCCUGCAAGUACCAGCUGGAGAAAUCCUACCAAUUCAAGAAGAAAUGCGAGGCCGCAGACACAAAGCUGCGAAAGCACAUGAAAUUGAUUCACCGGUUGACAGGCCUGACCGAGGAGACGAGUCAGGAUGAUGGGAACGAGUCUGGUGACGAGGGAUCGAGCAGUGGCAAGUCACGUCAAGUGAAACAACUCCUGGCAGAUCUGGUGGCAGUUAAAGGGGAUGGGAGCCAGACAGAUGGUGGUGCAAUCGAGGUGACAGAGGAGGAGCUCGUUGGUGGAUACAUCCUGGGAAUGAGUGCAGAGAACAUGGACACAGAGGAGACAAUCUCCGAGGGCCCCUCCAACAUCACUCUCAUUCCAGCUGAGGAGAAAACAGCAAAGGCUCGUUGCACCAUGAGAGCGGCCAGAAUAAAGCAGGAGCAGGAGUCCGAAGACGAUGGUGAGGACAUCCAGAAGGGGGAGAAGAGAAAUGUCUACAUGAUGGAACUGACGAGCCAUCAAUCAGAUAAUCUCAAGCUCCAGCCCAUGGGGGAUUCCAUGGUGGAGGCGAGUGAGGAGAUGAAGGUCUUCAAGUGCGAUCAGUGCCCCAAGGCCUUCACCAGGAGAAUAAUGCUGAAGAGUCAUCAGUCUGUUCACUCUACCCAGCGGGGAUUCACUUGUCAGGCAUGUGAGAAGUGGUUCCCAACGAGAUCUGCUCUGAUCAGACACGAGAGGACUCACACUGGGGAGAAACCAUUUGGCUGCAACAUCUGCCACAGGGCAUUCGCACAAAAGGAAAUUCUCCUUCGUCAUCUCAUGACUCAUUCAGGACAGAAACCCUUCCAGUGUCAGGAUUGUGAUAAGAGCUUUACCCAGAGGGAGGCACUCAGGGUUCACAUGAGGCGUCAUCAGAAGCUCGAUCCCAAUGAUAUUCAGCUUCAUCAUUGUCAGCUGUGUCCCAAGGCUUUCUGUCAUGCAUCUGGACUCAGCAGACAUCUCGUUACACACACUGGGAGAACUUACAAGUGUGUCGAGUGUGAGAAAUCUUUUACUGAUAAGAGCUCUCUGCUGAGACACAGCCGCAUACAUGCACCCAAGAAGAUGUAGAUUUGAUCCUGAAAAUUUGGGGGGAAAGGAGAAUGGCUUCUGGGGUUUUAAAAUUGAAUGGGAGAGAACCGUCGAUUUUUUUUUUGCAAUACUUAAAGAAAAUGAUAAAUUAUAAUUAUCUCAUUUUAUUACUUCAAUGAUUUGAAUUUUUAGUUUGAAGGAGUGCUGAGGAUAGAUAUCGAUCUCUAGGAUUUAGAGAGAAAAAUUUUAACUCCAGGGGCUGGGAUUUUCCUAGGGCUCCCAGUACAAUAGCAUUAAUCUGAUAGAUCACAUAAUUCUAAGGUUGAGAGGAACUCUUUCUGUAAGAAUAAUUAAUUUCAUAGUUAUUAUUAUUUUUGAAUUCAGUAGCAGAAUGUUAAAAUAGAGAAAAAUUUCCGAUUGGAAUAUUAUCAAGUUUUCCAUUUUGCCACUGAGUUUCUUAUUACUGAUGAUUGAUAGACGUUAACUGGAACUAAUUUUACUGUAUAUAUUCGAAUUUUCGAAAAUGACAUUUUGUAUGUACCAGAUUUUGGAAAUUGGGAAUUUCCCCCAGUCUCCAAUUCUAUUAAUUCAUAAUAAAAAUCAUGAACUUUCGAAAUAAUUUUCUUUAUGAUUGUACUGAUGUAAUAGUGGAUCCUGUAAGUGUUGUAGGCAUGAACAUGAGAUAAUUAUCAAUAAACGAGAUAAUGAGACAACAAGGGGAAAUUUUUAAAACCACAUUUGACAUUUCUCUCGUAUUUAUUUCAUAGUUUGUCGAUUUGACGCUGUAAUUUUCACAUAAUCAUUGAUCAGGCUAAUCUAAUUGAUUUAUUAUAUCGGUAAAACGUCGAUGAAAAUUAUCUAAUAAUCUAUGACAAUUUUCCAAUUACAAAUAUCGCCGUUGGUUUGAUGAAACAUCAAGCUUCAUAUAAAUUCGUAGUCAACAUCAAUUCUCAAUUCAUGAG